AUGCCGUUAGUCAUAGCUCUUCCUCAUCAGCGCGCUGCUUCGCACUCGUCCCCGCGGUCGCUUUCGCGCCGCCCAGUCCGUCGUCGCGCCCCCUCUGCUUCCUCCUCCCGCAUCUCUCGCACCACAAGUGCCUCCACCAUCUCGAUCUCUCCUGCACGCACUGUUUCGCUCUCUCCCUCCCGCGAAGACCGAGGCGACACUAACGUCGAGAUCCAAUUUAGGAGAAACAUCACCAUCAACAACUCGACCGGUGCUGAGCACUACGCAUACACCGACGAAGAGGAAGACUCCUCGGGUGUGCAGGUCUCGUCUGGCAGCCAGGGGUACACUGACGAGUCUGAGGAGGACGACGAGGAGUGGGACUACAUUGAGGACGAGAUCGAUCCCUCCGACUCGGCUUCGCGACCAGCAGCGCGAGUAGUGAAGCACCCACAUCACACUGUCACUGCGCCCGCACCUCCCUCUCGCCCCGCACAAGGCGCCCGCCGCAAGUCUGCACGGCACACGCCAGUCCACGAAGCGCCUCGCCACAGGUCCAGCAGCAGGCACGACCUAGAACACGAUUCGAGGCCGCGGCGGCGAAGGCCUCAAUCUGUCCACUCGGAAAGUCUGGACAGCCACGACGACUACCCCUAUGGCCCUCCACGGCCGGGGCCCUCUCCACACCACCCUCACGACCAGUGGGCGCACGUUCCUCAGCAACCCACCCCGAGUGGCUAUGCGCCCAGUAUGAUGUCCGACCCGCGCUACCAUCCUUUCCAGGGCGGCCCUGGUGGACCACCCACCGCGCCCGAUCAGCUGGUACCCUUCGGUGGGCGGCCCGACCAAUAUGGAUACAAUGCAAACCCCUUUGCGCCAGGAGCUGGAGGACCCAACCCUUUCGCGUCGCCCCAUGCUGCUGGAGGGCCCAACGGCUACUUUGAUGGCCAUGCACCUGGCGCACACGGAGCGCACGGAGGUAGACGCGGCCAUCGCAACUCAAUGCCACCACCUCCCCCCGGCGAGAUGGGCCCAGGCGCAAUGAUGCCGUAUGCCUACCCCCCUCAAGGCUACUAUCCUCCCUACGGCAUGCCUCCGUACGGCGCUCCUGGUGGCAUGCCUGGCAUGCACCCAAUGUACCCUCCGUAUCCGCCGCGCGAACACAGUCCUCCGCAUCACCGGUCUCGCUCGCAAAAGUCUACCCCGGCGCCACGCGAGGACCACAUGCAGCCUCCACCUCCACCGCCAUCCGCUCCGCCGCCGCCCCAGCAAGUUGCGGUGGUGCCUCCGCCAAUGCCUCAGGUCUUCAUGCCACCUCCUCCCGACCCCAAAGAAGACCAAGUCCUCAGCAAACUCGAGAUGCUCCUACUCGGGAAGCAGGAAAUGGAGGAGAAGAAAGCCGAAGACGCAAAGUUCUCCCGCUUAGAGCAAUUGCUCAUCGAACAACAACAGGCACGCAUAGAGAAAGAAGCAGCUAAGCGAAAGGCCGCCGAGGAAGCCGCCGCCGCUGCCGCCGCCGCCAAACUGAAGGGAGACGAGGACAAGCUCGAGAAGCUCGAGAAGCUGAUCCUUGCGCAAAAGGAGGAACAACUCAAACGCGAGGCGGCCGUGGACGCGCAACGAAAAGCAGACAAAGACGAAGCCGAUGCGAAGGUUGCAAAGGAAGCCGCCGAGGCUGCAGCUCAAGCUGAGGCUGCAUCGAAGCUGUUAGAGGCAGCAAAGGCAGCUCGAGAGGAAGCAGAGAAGAAAGCGGCCAAGGAAGCAGAAGAGACGAAAGCUGCUCACGAGAAAGCACUCGAAGAAGCUAAGAAGGCUCAGGAGGAACUCGAGAAGGCCAAGAAGGCUGCAGAAGAGGAGGCCGCGAAGUUGAAGCCGUCCGAUGCGCCGAAACCCCCAAUCAAGUUCAAGGACGCGGUCGGCCGCAAGUUCAGCUUCCCGUGGCACUUGUGCAAGACAUGGAAGGGAAUGGAAGAAUUGAUCAAACAAGCCUUCCUCCAUGUCGAUGUGAUUGGUCCCCACGUACACGAAGGCCAUUACGACCUAGUCGGCCCUGACGGGGAGAUCAUUUUGCCCCAGGUCUGGGAGACGAUGGUGCAACCCGAUUGGACGAUUACGAUGCACAUGUGGCCUAUGCCAGAGCCCCCACCUCCACCGCCUCCAGCUCCGGUUGAGAUUAUGCAACCCCACCCCGGUCCACCUCCGAAGAAGUCCAGCAAGAAACCGGGCAAGAAGCGUGAGUCCGCUCACCAUAUCCCUCCGCCUCCUCCAAUGGUGAUGAUGGACCCGAUGCCGCCGCCGCCGCCACCACCACCCUCAGGCCCAGCUGCCCACCCAAUGGACCCCCCGAUACAAAUCUUAUCCCCUCACCCAGCGCCCAGCGUUGCCGGUUCACGUCCCAAAAAGAAAUCCGCUCCAUCGCCAUUCAUGAAGUGGGCAGCUGGGGGCAGCGGCUCUGGUCGCUCAUCAUCGGUGAAGAAGGCGAAAAAAUAAAUCUUCAUCACCAGCCCCCUUGUCCUUUCGCUAACAUGUCGUCUCCGCAGCAGAUGAUUGUCUCGUAAUGUGAGAGUCUGCUGACAUUCACUCAGUGCUUGACGUCGAGUGGGACCAAGCCGAAGACGAAAACGUGCGCAUCGUCCGAAGGUACAGGAGAUACGACUAUUACUGCUCCUAGUCCGUGUUUUCCUCAACCCUUUCGCACGCCUUCGUCAUCGCUUCGGUCGCAAUCGAAACGUUGGGUUCUGGUGGAUGGACGCGAGUUGCUCGCAGCAAUUUCUAUUUCUAUUGUUUACAUCG